GGGAUGCACAGAGCAAGACGUUCAGGAUGUUUGACAACUUUGGGACAAUAAUUAUUUUGACCUCCUUUUUAUUGGCCCUUGAGCCUGGAUGGGUGGCAUCUCAGGCAUGCUCCUACCCUUGCCAAUGUCCCUCACAGGCUCCCUCCUGCCCUCCUGGCAAUAGCCUUUUGCUAGAUGGCUGUGGUUGCUGCAAAGUAUGUUCUCGGCAGCUUGGGGAGCUGUGCUCCCUGCAGGAACCUUGUGAUCACCACAAAGGGCUCUACUGUGACUUUUCCAAAAUCCAGAAAGACAGUGGCAUCUGUUUAGCUCAUGAAGGCUCCACCUGUGACCUGCUGGGGAAAAUCUAUCUAAAUGGGGAGAGCUUCCAGCCCAGUUGUAAGCUGCAGUGCAUCUGCAUGGAUGGGGCCAUUGGCUGCAUUCCCCUUUGCAUUGAUGGGGCACAUCUCCCUUCCCCUGAUUGUCCCCUUCUCCACUGGGUGAAAGCACAGAACAAGUGUUGUGAAGAGUGGGUCUGUGGAGGAAGCAGUCAGAAGACCCCUUAUGAGAAAGUUUACAGGAACAGACUUGCUCACAAGCCUGAGUUAAAGCUUAAGUCCACACUCCAUAACCUUCAGGAGAACUGCUUGGUGCAGACCACUGAAUGGAGUGUCUGUUCUAAGACCUGUGGGAUGGGCAUCUCUACCCGUGUUACCAAUGAUAACCCCCAGUGCCAACUGGAGAAGGAGAGCAGGCUUUGCGUGGUUCGAUUCUGCAAUGCCUCUCUUGACAGGAGCAUCAAGAAAGGAAAGAGGUGUAUGCGAAACCCUAAAUCUCGUCAGGCGAUCCACUUUGAGUUCGCUGGCUGCACCAGCAUCCGCUCCUAUCGGCCCAAGUUCUGCGGCAGCUGCACGGACAGUCGCUGUUGUACACCACACACCACCAGCACAGCGGAAGUGGAAUUUCGGUGCCCAGAGGGAGACUCGUUUGUCCGCAAAAUGAUGUUCAUCAAGUCUUGCUCUUGCCACUAUGACUGCCCUACAGAUAAUGAUAUCUUUCUGGUCAGUUACCACCGGCCAAUGAUAGGGGACCAUUUCAAACUAAAGAAUCAGCAGUACUGAGUCCUUCUCCCACUGUAGGCCCAGCAGGCUGGGUUGAUGAUAAUAUCAAAAGAUGUAUCUGCUGGUCGCAUUUUAGAUAAAGCUGAAAUGAAUGAAGAAUGAUCUCAAAGUGGCCCAAGGGAAUGCAUGUCUAGAGACCAGUAACAUACAUUUGGCAUGUAUUUGGUCCUACACCAACCACAAUCUUCUCUGAAGACCCAUAUUCCAUGUUCUUUCUCCUGGGAAAUAUCCAAAGCAUAUUGAUAUGGCCCAUAUUGAUCUGUUACUGAAACUAUACUAGCAGUUUUCACCAUAUGGAGCCUAUCUUCAGCUCUUUUCUUCACAUAAAUCUUUUUUUUCACCCUGCCCAUGCACCUGAAACCAGACAGAAAACAUUAGCUCAAAAUGAUCAGGUGUGAUCAUUUUGACCUACUAUUGAUCAAUUAGCUCAAAAAGAUCUAGUAUCCUCUUGCUGAAGAUGUUGAACAAGCAUGAAGGAACAUAUUCAGAAGCUAGUGGCAACAGGACAUUUGGAAAAACUUGAAUGAUGAAUAUAUACAAAAGGUUUGAUCCUAUAGAAUAAUCUGAUCUGCUGAAGAGCAUUGAGUUGGACAACCUGCAUCUCUGCAGUGGAUUCCUCAGUAAUGCUAUUGGAAGAUGUGCAUUGCUAUCAUGGAGUUAUUUCAGAUGAGGCUUGUUCUUAGCAGUUGCACUGUCAUUCAUAAAAUUGGUCCAGACUGUCUCAUCUUCCACUUCUCACCCUUCUGGGUUUUCUUACUAUGGUACUUUUCUUUUGAUCUUUUUUCUUUCCAUAUGCACAAAUCCAUUAAGGUGAAACAGGACAAAUAGCUCCGCAGCCUUUUUAAAUUGCUUGUGUCGCAAUUGCCUAUGGAUUGUUUGUAGGAUAUAACUACCUUCUGCAUUUCUGCCCCCAAAUAUCUAUCAUAAACCUUUGGUAACGCUCAUUGCCAUUUCAAACAUAGAUACCAUAUAAUUAACCCCCCCCAAGUCUUUAUAUAAUUAAUUAGAAUACACAUAUUUUGUUAGGGAUCACUUUUAUUUCUUUCUUGCUGUUUUGCUUCUCUAUUAAAAAUCUAAAUUCAUGACUGAGAUGUGUCAGAUUAGAAUAAUUGUGCUGCAUCUCAAUGAGAUCUUUUCAGAUUGGAUUGAUUUUUCAAACUGGUCCAUAUUGCUGGAUUGGACUGAUUUUCUGGAUUGAAUCAACAAUACAUAUUGGAUUUUGUGUGAUUUCCACAGGGUUAUUUGCAAUCACCUGCGUCCCAUAGACACCCUGGGGAACAGUCAUCCGUAUAAACUUCACAGAUACACCAAGGAGAUCUCAGCUGGCAGUGGAUAGAGAAGGACCCUCGAGUUGAGGUGAAAAGCUUAAGGUAGGAUGUUGUCAGUGCGAGAAAUUAAAUUGGGGGGUCAUUAGGGAAGUAACAGCCAACUCUCCCCCCAUCAUAUCAGUAUUAAUGCUGGGUAGAAUCUAUGUUUUGUUUUUUUUCAUUUUUGUUUUUUAACAUUGCUAAUGUAAUCAACAAAUAAUAUACAAAAUGGUAGAAUCUAGGUUAUAUAUUUUCCCAUUCUAGUUCUCAUUCAGUUAAAUGGAAGAGAAUUUGUUUUAGAAGUUUUCCCAAAGGAAAAGUGAAAUGUGGGGCUCUGGCAGGUGUAGGUAGUCUCCAGUUUAAGAAUGAGUCCUGUUCCCAAGGUCUGUCUUAAGUCAAAUUUGUAUG